CUUCCAGUUGGACAGUGGCAAAAUCUCAUGCAAAAGCUUGUGGACAAUGUGGUCAACGAAAAGUCUACUGAAAUGGAGCGGGAAGCAACCCUGGAGGCAAUCGGAUAUAUCUGCCAGGAUAUUAACUCGGAAAUUCUUGAACACCAGUCCAAUCAAAUUCUUACGGCCAUCAUCCACGGCAUGCGCAAAUCGGAGCCCUCCAAUCACGUCCGAUUGGCCGCUACGAAUGCGUUAUUAAACUCAUUGGAAUUCACAAAGGCAAACUUUGAGGAGACGGCUGAGAGAAACUAUAUAAUGGAAGUUGUUUGUGAGGCGACACAGUCCAGUGACACACAAAUCUGUGUAGCGGCUCUUCAAUGUUUGGUGAAAAUUCUAAGCCUCUAUUAUCAACAUAUGGAAGCGUACAUGGCACAAGCUUUGUUUCCUAUCACCCUAGAGGCAAUGAAAUCGGACAACGAGCAGAUAGCAUUGCAGGGUAUUGAAUUUUGGUCGAAUGUAAGCGAUGAGGAGAUCGAUCUAGCUAUUGAAGCGCAGGAGGCAGCAGAUGCCGGACGGCCUCCGAAUUGUGUUUCACGCCACUACGCUCGAGGAGCCCUCCAAUUCCUCGCUCCUGUCCUGAUGGAAAAAUUGACCCGUCAGGAAGAGUUCGAUGAUGAGGAUGACUGGAACCCUUCAAAGUCCGCGGGUGUAUGUUUGAUGCUGUUGGCCACCUGCUGUGAAGAUGAAAUCGUUCCCCACGUUUUGCCGUUCGUGAAUAAUAACAUCAAAUCAUCCAACUGGCGCUAUCGAGACGCUGCGUUGAUGGUGUUUGGAUCGAUUCUCAGUGGGUUGGAAGGGAACACUCUCAAACCGCUUGUCGAGCAGGCUAUGCCAACGUUGAUUGAACUGAUGUAUGACCAGAGCGUUAUUGUCAGAGACACUUGCGCGUGGACAUUUGGAAGAAUUUGCGAGGUAAUACCUGAAGCUGCAAUCAACGAGCAGUACUUGGAACCAUUGUUGAAGGCACUCCUGAGUGGACUGAAAUCCGAACCACGUGUUGCAACCAACGUUUGUUGGGCUUUCACCGGCUUAUCAGACGCAGCCUACGAGGCAGCUAAUGAUGAUCCGCCCCCAACGUACUGUCUGUCGCAGUACUUCGAUUUUAUCAUCAGUAACCUGCUGGAAACAACCGAUCGUGCUGAUGGCGCACAGGCAAAUCUUCGUUCAUCUGCGUACGAAGCAUUGAUGGAAAUGAUCAAAAAUUCACCGCAAGAUUGUUACGUUUCCGUGCAGAAAACCACAAUGGUCAUCUUGGAACGAUUGAAUCAGGUGCUCCAAAUGGAAUCGCACAUUUCCACUCACACCGACCGGCAUCAAUUCAACGACUUACAAUCUCUACUAUGUGCCACAUUGCAAUCGGUUUUACGAAAAGUUGACGCCAAGGACGCUCCCCAAAUCUCGGAUGCUAUUAUGACAGCCCUGCUAACGAUGUUCAGUUCAAGUUCCGGCAAAGUUGGAGGUGUUCAGGAGGAUGCUUUGAUGGCUGUAUCAACGCUGGUCGAUUUGCUCGGAGAAGGCUUCAUCAAGUAUAUGGAUGCGUUCAAAGAAUACCUGUACAUGGGAUUGAAAAACCAUGAAGAGUAUCAAGUGUGCUGCACUGCUGUCGGCCUCGCUGGUGACAUCUGCCGAGGAUUGAAAAACAAAAUUCUUCCGUACUGUGAUGAAAUUAUGACGUUGCUAUUGGAAAAUCUCAGCAAUCCCUCGAUUCACCGUAGCGUGAAACCACAAAUUCUGUCCGUUUUUGGCGAUAUGGCACUGAGCAUUGGACCCGACUUUAAAAAAUAUCUUACCAUUGUUCUGCAAAUGUUGACGCAUGCUACGCAGGUGCAAAUUGACACGACUGACUAUGAUACAAUCGAUUACUUGAAUGAACUGCGCGAGAGUGUCCUAGAGGCCUACACCGGCAUCGUUCAGGGACUGAAAGGCCUCGACAAAACACCACAUGAAGAUGUUAACUUGCUUCAGCCCCACGUGGCAUUCAUUAUCAACUAUAUCACCUCGAUUUCGAAAGACACCGAGCUGUCGGAUGGAAAUAUAGCUAUCGCUGCAGGAUUAAUUGGUGAUAUGUGCACGGCUUUUGGUCCUCCACUGUUACAACUGGUUGAAGAUCCACAAAUUCAGCAGCUCUUGAACGAAGGCAAGAAAUCGUCCACCUCGCGAACUAAGACCCUCGCGAAUUGGGCUCUCAAGGAGAUAAAGAAACUUAAGCCACAAGUGAACGAUGCGAGUUGGCGACAUUAAUGAACACUGGUUGUCGAAAGAGUCUAUUGAGCGAUAAAAAACAACCUCUGUGUGAUUGAAGAAGUAUGAACGAGAGUAGACGGAUGAAAAAUGUGGUGAAAGCGCAGGAAACUGAGGCACCUUCUUGUAACCAUACUCAAGUGAGUUAUUGCC